AUGUCUGCCUCUUCUGUCGUUUCUCAGUUGCGAAGCCUCUUCGACAAGGCUGAUCAGCUUAUACCCAAACUUAACAAAAUUUACCCAACAGACGAGCAAUGGGAGUCUUUGGGCGACUUUAGCGCGAAGCUCGCAACGGCUGCGACGACGAUUGGACAGAGAGUACAAGCCCUGAAAGAGUCCCGGGCAGACAGAGCGUGGAAAGAAAGCGAAAAACUUAGAUCCCAUGCUCUGAAAUGUCAGGGAGAUGUCUUAGCCAAUGGUCGACUGAAGCAAUCCCCGGUGUUUAGGAGAAAUAUCGUCACUAUAUUCGAGGGGCCAAAGGACUCCAAAUUUGACACUGAGGAUACCAGGGUCCGAAAGGCCACGACGCGACAAAGAUGCGCGCAGAUCCGAUCUUUAAGUCCCGACGGUAUUAUUUCAUGGGCAAUUGCCUUUGCGCCAAGCCUUUGGGCUGGAGGUUCUAUGGCCACUGAUAUCUUUAAGUGCCUCCUAGAGGACAUUGAGCCAGAUUGUCACCCUUCGUGGCCGUCGAUUGUAGGGGAAACCUUGCACACCCUCCAGGCGGAUGAAGAGGUCUUGCAAAGAUCCACCGACUACCAAAAGCUUUUAUGUGGUAUGCCUGUUUGA